AUGAUAGGAGAGGGUGUGAUCUCUCGAGAAAACACACCUAAAAUGAUGCUACACCCUGUUCAUAGCGAACAGUACCUUAGCGUACAACCGGCGAUGCCAACUAAAGAUUUCCAUACAUCAAGUGAAAUUAUCCGCCAGACACUUGUAGACACAACAAGUGAUGACAUUUACUCUGUUAAGAAUUUCAAAGGCUCAAGGAACCCUGUAAGCCCUAGUAUUUCAAAUAUCGGAUUCCAAUCUAUCUUCCAAACGGCAGAUCAUCCACGAUCCAAGUUCAGUGUGGCCUCUAACGAUUCCCUAAAAAGUAAUGACGAAGUGUCUGCGAUAUCGGGCAGGUCCAAAUCAUCUCAAAUCGGAGAGAUUAAAACUACUGAUUCAAAGGAAUAUUCGAACAAUUUAGCUAAACAAUUAUCAACUGAUGCAAUUUCUGUUGGUCAGAAAAGUUUACACUCUACAUCUUCCAGCAGCUAUAUAAAAAGAAAAGCAUCUGGUUUUUUAAGUAGGAGGGGCAGGGCACAUACGGCCAUCUCAUCAGAUCCUGCGUCGUUUCUGACCACUUCAAGCACUUUGCAUAACAAUUCCCAUUCAUUCCGCAAUGUAAUCAAGAACUUCUUCCAAAACAAAAACCACAGGCACAUAGGUCAAGAUACUAUAGAGCCAGCCAUUCCCAACUCUUUGAGUAAAUUUUUGCAUUCUUCUUACGGAAGACACAAGUCGCCAUCGCAAUUUAUCCAUACUAACGCAGGACAGCUUGUAGACUCAGGAACCUCCGUUUACUCUUUGAAUGUGAAUCCAUCCUGUGCCAAUUCCAACUCCAUUAUUGUAGAUCCGUUUUCUGAAAUAGAUCCCACGUCACCAAACCCUGUCUCCAUGUUGCAUGAUCUCUUAAGAAACCUAUCGUCUUUGGAAGCCAAUUAUAAACACUUUAACUCUCAAGAAUUGACAACACUUACCAAUAACAUUUGGAAUAUAUUUUGUAGUAAUGUAGCAGAGCUAUUCAGGACCCAAAGAAUAUGGAAACUUCGGGCAAAAAUAGAAGAUUUCAAUGAAGUUUUGGAAUUUUAUUGUAUUUUAAAAACCGAUCCAAGAGUUUCCAAUGGUGGCAUGAAUAGAAUCGUUAGUGAUUUGAAAGAGUUUUUAGUGAGCUCACUAUACAGUUUGGAAAACCAAAUUGUUUUCAAUUAUUCCAAUGAAGAUACAAUAAAUAACGCGCUGAAAAGGCUGGGUGUUAUAUGGCGCAUAUUUUAUCAAGAAGUGUAUUAUGAUUUGGCAGCUGUGUUAUUACCAUUAGAUCGGACCAUUAGCGACGAUGGUGACUCCACGAUGUUGAAAUUGACAAAUGAAAGCCGGGUACAUAUUGGCUGUGAUUUUUCCAUUGGUUUUCUUUUACUCAAGUGUUUUAGAGACUCUAUAGUUUUGCCUUGUUAUGAAAACUUCGUGACUAGCAACGAUGGAAUAAGUAGAAGUUUUCAACUUUACAUUUUCAAUCAAGAAGAAGAAAACAACGUCACUGAAACGGAUAAGUUGACAUUGUUACAGUGUUUUGGUAUAUUAAGCACUAUCCAAAGUGCGGAUAGAAAUCAACGGAUUAUUGAUGAAUUGUUGACAGGCAUUAGAAUGAGUAUAUAA